UUUUUUCUCGUUGAUCGCAGGAGCCGACAACGAUCACCAAGGACGACUCGCGUAACCAUGGUAGCCAUAGUUACGAGAAAAUAACAGUCUGAAAGGUGUGUAGGUCAAGUGCAGACCCCCUGUUCAGUCAUACCCGCUUGGGACGUUGGUGAGGUUAGACGCACUUACUAAUAUUUCUCUCUCUUUCUCAUUUCAGAUAGCCGGAGAAAUGGGUGCGAAAAUGUCUCGCCGUAAAGGGCGGAAGGCCGCUGCGGCCGCGGAAGAGGCCGGUACGGCCGAGGAGUUGGCCACUCCGCGUACGGACGAAGCUGACGUUGACCGGGUUGCGGGUGGCGAACGGGUUGACGGGGGAAAUGACUCGGCGGGGGAAAUUCCGGAACCGGAUCCGCCGGUUCUGGAACAAAAUUUAACUGACUCUUGUUUUGACCAUUCCGAUGAACCGGCGGAUCCGGUUCCGGAAGCCCCGGUGGUAAUUGAAAUUCCUUAUUCAUUAAAUAACUCUUUGGACAAUGCUACGGCGGUUCCGAUUCCGGAACCGCCCGCAGAUCAAAAUUCUACUUUGAAUGAUUUGUCUAUUUCAGGGGGAAUCGAGGGCCAAAUCGAUGAGAUUACCGUAGUUCCGAUACCGGAUCCAUCGGUCACGGAACAAAAUUUAAAUGACGAUCCUUUGGUUAAUUCCGAAAGACCGGUGGAUCCGGUUGAGGAAUCUACGGUAAUCGAUUCAGUUGAAUGUUCGGAACCAACGGCUUCCAUCCUGGAACCGCCAGAACGUUACGUUCGCAAAAUUUGUUUGGAGGAAGUUCCGGAACAACCAAAUUUAAAGGUAUUUUCAAAUUCUAAAAAAAAUGUCCGUUUUUCAGAUGAAGCCCAGGUUCAAGAGUAUACCGUUUUGGAAUCCUCUAUUCCAAAACAGUACUCGAUUCCAGUAAAAGAUUUCCCAGAAUCUGUUCCGGAACUUCCCAUUCUAAAUUCAAAACAAAUAAAAUAUUUUUGGUGUUACACCUGUCAAAAUUCUCGUACGAAUUCUUUGCCCUGGUUGCUGCGAUUGCGGUAUUCAAAAUUUUCGAUGUGGUUGCGCCAUUUGUUUUGUGGGUCGAUGUGUUGCGCGGUUAUUUGUUUGCUUGUUUUUGUUUGAAUUGUUUAAUGUUUUUUCUCGUUUCAUGAGCUGUUUCUUGUUAGGAGCGUUUUUAGCAAUUACAGAUGACGAUUGAUGACGAUGAUGACGAUUGAUGACGAUGAUGACGAUUGAUGACGAUGAUGAUAAUGAUGAUUAAAUGCGAUGAAUAUUGGAUGGAUUAGUAAAAUGCCGAAUUUCUGGACUGGACUGGACGAUACUGACGGAGAGGCCUUUGGUUGCAGACUGGAGAUUAGUUAUUAUGAAUGAAAUGUAUUUUAUUU